AUGACGGACGGAAAACAGCGUGACAGCCCCAGCGUCUUCGCCGGGGUCCCUGGCUCACCCUUGAGCCAUCCCGCCCAUACACUCCCUUACCACGUGGUCAUCAAGGAGUUGGAGACCAGGAUUGAUGAGGGUCUGAGCAAUGAGGAAGCUUCGCGUCGCCUCCAAGAAUAUGGACCAAACAAACUGGAGGAAGGCGAGGGCGUAUCUGUGAUCAAGAUCCUCGUGCUCCUGCUGGCCAUGGCAGUCAGUUUUGGAAUCAAGUCAUGGAUUGAGGGCGGUGUUAUUUGCGCCGUCAUUGUCUUGAAUAUAGUUGUCGGUUUCUUUCAGGAAUAUGCUGCGGAAAAGACCAUGGAGUCCUUGCAUUCUCUGAGCUCGCCUACUGGAACUGUAUCUCGUGAUGGUCAGACCUUUUCAAUUCCUUCGACUGACAUCGUCCCUGGCGAUAUGGUUGAAUUGAGAACAGGUGACACCGUCCCGGCUGAUAUCAGAUUGGUUGAGGCAGUCAAUUUCGAUACAGACGAAGCACUUCUCACUGGAGAAUCCCUCCCUGUCACCAAAGAAUGCGACUCCACAUUCAAGGAGGAUACGGGGCCAGGAGACCGUCUGAAUAUCGCCUAUAGUUCCAGCACAGUGACAAGGGGCCGCGCCCGUGGCGUGGUCAUUGGAACAGGUAUGGCGACCGAAAUUGGCUCCAUUGCUGCUGCCCUACGUGCUAGCAAUAGCAAAAAGCGCCAGGUCAAACGUGGCCCCAACGGCGAGACCAAGAAGAGAUGGUAUGUCCAGGCCUGGACCUUGACCGGGACAGACGCUGUAGGUCGCUUCCUUGGUGUCAAUGUAGGCACUCCAUUGCAGAGGAAGCUUUCCAAACUGGCGAUCCUCUUGUUUGGAGUUGCCGUGCUCUUUGCGAUCAUUGUUAUGGCUGCGAAUUUGUUCAGCAGCAACAACGAGGUAAUCUUGUACGCUGUCGGCACUGGUCUCAGUAUGAUUCCGGCCUGCUUGGUCGUUGUUUUAACUAUAACCAUGGCUGUUGGAACUAAACGGAUGGUCGAACGGAACGUGAUCGUCCGCAAAUUGGAUUCUCUCGAGGCGUUGGGUGCAGUCACCGAUAUCUGUUCCGAUAAAACUGGCACUCUGACCCAGGGUAAAAUGGUAGUCAAGAAAGCAUGGAUCCCCUCUCGAGGCACCUACUCGGUCGGAAACUCUAAUGAGCCUUUCAAUCCCACGAUCGGUGAGGUGACUUUCACCCCCUUGUCUCCAAUGCAAUUCGAUGAUGAAAAGGAAGGUCCUCCCGCAGAGAACGUCGAAGGACUUGUCGUCGGAAAUCGCCAGCUCGAGGACUUCUUGGAUGUGGCAUCCAUGGCCAAUCUCUCUCAUGUCUAUAAGUCCGAGCAGGGAGAAUGGAGUGCACGUGGAGAGCCAACUGAGAUCGCGAUUGAAGUGUUCGCUUCGAGAUUCAACUGGAACCGAGACCGUUGGACUAAGGGUCAGGGCGCUGUUUGGCAUCAAAAGGCGGAAUUUCCGUUCGAUUCGACGAUCAAGAAAAUGUCGGUCAUCUUCACCAAAAUCACAGCCCAGGAAGAACGUCAAAUGGUUUUCACGAAGGGUGCAGUUGAGCGCAUUGUGGACUCCUGUACAACGGUGAUCUGGGACCAAGACUCAUCCACUCCCGUGCCAAUGACCGAUGAAUACCGCAGUCAAAUCUUCCAAAACAUGGAGGAGCUGGCCCAAAUGGGUCUUCGGGUGUUGGCUUUGGCAAACCGACCUUACGUUGAACAGGCUCGGCUUCUUGAAGGCUCCGACCUGGACCGCGAUGAGAUUGAAAAGGACCUUUGUUUCCUCGGACUCAUCGGUUUGUAUGAUCCACCCCGUCCAGAGACCGCAUCAUCAAUCCAAGCAUGUUUCAAAGCCGGGAUUGAGGUGCACAUGGUCACUGGAGAUCAUCCUGGGACCGCCAAAGCCAUUGCGCAACAAGUCGGAAUCGUUCCCUCUGAUCUCACCACGGUCGCUGCUGAUGUUGCCGAUGCUAUGGUCAUGACCGCAGGCGAAUUCGAUAAGCUUACCGAUGCCGAAGUGGAUGCACUUCCUACCUUACCUCUGGUCAUCGCACGCUGCGCACCUCAGACAAAGGUUCGAAUGAUCGAUGCCUUACAUCGACGUGGACGUUUCGCCGCUAUGACUGGUGACGGGGUCAAUGAUUCGCCUUCCCUCAAACAUGCGGAUGUCGGAAUCGCUAUGGGCCAGGCAGGAUCAGAUGUAGCGAAGGAUGCCUCGGACAUCAUUCUUAGCGAUGACAACUUUGCAUCGAUUCUGAAUGCCGUGGAGGAAGGUCGUCGGAUUUUCGACAACAUCCAGAAAUUUGUUCUCCACCUGUUGGCCGAGAAUAUCGCUCAGGCAUGCACAUUAUUGAUCGGCUUAGCCUUCAAAGAUAAAGACGGUCGGUCCGUGUUCCCUCUCGCCCCCGUUGAAAUUCUCUGGAUUAUCAUGAUCACCUCCGGCAUGCCCGACAUGGGACUUGGAAUGGAGGUAGCCGCGUCUGACAUCAUGGACCGUCCACCCCAAACCAAGCAAGGUAUUUUCACCUGGGAAGUUAUCAUCGAUACCUUAGUCUACGGCUUCUGGACCGCCGCGCUCUGCCUUUCAGCCUUUUCCAUCCGCAUGUGGGGAUUCGGCGACGGCAAUCUCGGCCGCGGCUGCAAUAGCGAAUACUCCGAAGAAUGCGAGCUGGUGUUCCGCGCCCGAGCCACAACCUUUGUUUGUCUUACAUGGUUCGCCCUCUUCUUGGCCUGGGAGAUGGUCAACAUGCGAAGAUCCUUCUUCCGCAUGCAGCCCAAAUCCAAGAAGUAUUUCACGCAGUGGAUGCACGACGUGUGGCGGAAUCAGUUCCUCUUCUGGUCCAUCAUGGCCGGGUGGAUCACGAUCUUCCCCAUCAUUUAUAUCCCCGUGAUCAACCAUGUCGUGUUCAAACAUACGGUCAUCUCGUGGGAAUGGGGUAUUGUCUUUGUGGAGGCUGUGCUCUUUUUCUUAGGCGUUGAGGUCUGGAAGUGGGCUAAGCGCGUCUUCUUUCGUCGGAAGAUGAGGAAAUCAUCGACGGACAGCGUCGAGAGAGAAUCUCACAUGCUUCCUUAA